AUGCAUGGGCCUGUGGUCGUCCAAACACCCCAAGGCGCCCGCGCCAGACACGAAAGGGCCUCUCUGGAGACGGGCGAAGAAUCGGACAAGACAGUAUACGAGGGAAACCCCGAGGAACAGGUUCAGGAUCUUGCCCUUCGAAUCACCAGGGAAGCGAGCGCCGCAGAAUACCCUUCCCUGUUCGACCUCCCCCCUGGCAGCGACCUCGACCCGAAAAGCCAAAACUUCAACGCGGAACGAUGGACGAGAGCCUUCUAUCAGACGAGCGUCGAGGCCCUUGACGGUACCGAACCAAACACGGCCGGGCUGUCCUUUCAGAAUCUCAAUGUGCACGGCCACUCGGCUCUCUCCAACUACCAGACCACAAUCGGCAACUCUUUCCACGCCGGCAUGGACCUGGUGGCUGGCCUCGUGGGCAGAAAGCAGGCACAGCGCGUCGACGUCCUGCGCGAUCUCGAAGGAGUCAUGCUCAGCGGCGAAAUGCUCUGCGUCCUGGGCCCACCAGGUUCCGGCUGCUCUACAUUCCUCAAGACGCUCGCAUGCGAGACGUACGGAUUCACAGUGGACAAGGAAUCGCGUCUAAACUACCAGGGCCUCGCCGCCAAGGACAUCCAGACGAGAUACCAGGGCGAAGCCAUCUACGUCUCGGAAGUCGACCACCACUUCCCACGCCUGACCGCCGGCGAGACGCUGUACUUUGCAGCGAGGGCGCGCUGCCCCCGGAAGCUCAAGAGCCGCAAGCACGAGUACGCCGAGCAGAUUCGCGACGUCGUCAUGGCGAUGCUGGGCAUCUCGCACACCAAGAACACCCGGGUCGGCAACGACUUCAUCCGCGGCGUGAGCGGCGGAGAGCGCAAGCGGGUCAGCAUCGCCGAGGCGGUGCUCAGCUACUCGCCCUGGCAGUUUUGGGACAACAGCACGCGCGGCCUGGAUUCUGCCAACGCCGUCGAGUUCUGCCGGACCCUGCGCACCCAGGCAAAGGUCUUUGGGAAUACUGCUUGCGUCGCGAUUUAUCAGGCCCCGCAGGAAGCUUAUGAUCUGUUUGACAAGGUUAUUCUACUCUACGAGGGCCGUCAGAUAUUCUUUGGCAAAACAGCAGAAGCAAAGGCCUACUUUGAAGGCUUGGGAUUCCUGUGUCCCGAGCAGCAGACCACGCCUGAUUUCCUGACCUCCAUGACCAGCGCCUCCGAGAGGACCAUACGCCCCGGCUGGCAAGGGAAACCCCCUCCUCGGAGCCCUGACGAGUUUGCAAAAGCCUGGAAGGAGAGUUCCCACCGACAGAGGCUGUGCAUGGACAUUGCUAGCUUCCAGGAAGAGUUUCCUCUUGGCGGUGCCGUGUCCGAGAAGUUCGAGGUCGCACGCGCGGGUCAGAAAUCGACUUUCCAAAGGCCGGGCUCUCCAUACACGCUGUCAAUCGGAGGCCAGCUGGCUUUGAACCUCUGGAGGGCCUGGAGGCUGCUGCUCAGCGACCCGGGGAUGACCAUCACCAUGUUGGUGACAAACUUUUUCGAGUCCAUCAUCAUCUCGAGCAUUUUUUACAACUUAUCCCCGGGCUCGUCGAGCAUGGACAAGCGCAACCUGCUCAUCUUUUUCGCCAUCGCCAUGAACGCUCUGGGAAGCCUGCUCGAAGUCCUCACCUUGUACGAGAAGCGCAAGAUUGUCGAAAAACACCGCCGGUACGCUCUGUACCACCCCAGCGUCGAAGCCGUGUCCUCCAUGAUCAUGGACCUGCCCUACAAGUUUGUCAAUUCCAUCUUGGUCAACGUCACCCUUUAUUUCAUGACCAACCUCCGCCGGGAACCGGGUCCCUUUUUUGUCUUCUUUUUGUUUACCACCCUGGCCAUCAUUGUUAUGUCUUCAAUGUUUCGACUCCUUGCCUCCGUUACCAAGACCUUGUCGCAGGCUUUGGCACCGUCUGCGAUCAUACUGCUAGCGGUCUUGGUAUACAGCGGCUUUACUGUUCCCCAAAACUAUCUCCACGACUGGAUCGGCUGGCUCCGCUGGAUAAACCCAAUCUUCUACAUCCAAGAAAGCCUCUCCCUGAACGAGUUUGUCGGCCGGCACUUCCCCUGCGACGGGUUCAUACCCAAUGGCCCCACAUAUGACGACCAAGGGUCCCUUUCCACCAGCAGGGUCUGCAGCGUCAAGGGAGCCGCGCCUGGGGAAUCCUUUAUCGAGGGGGCCGAACACCUGCGUGUCGUUUAUGGGUUCAUCGACGGCCAUUUGUGGCGCAACCUGGGCAUUGUUCUGGGCCUCACCCUGUUUUACACGAUUUGUCACCUCUUGGCCACCGAGUUGAUCAUGUCUGAGCAGUCCAAGGGAGAGAUACUCAUCUUUCCGCGAAACACUUUGAAGAAGAUGAAGGGCGCCAGGCCAGCCGCCGAUGAGGAAACCACGCACGAGGCCCCGGUAUCGCACGUCAUCAAUGGUGAAUCCCCUCGGAGAGAAAAGGUCGGCGGUAUCGCCAAGCAGCAGUCGACCUUUCACUGGAAAAACAUCUGCUAUGAGCUCAACAUCAAAGGCGAAAGACGAACGAUCCUCGACCAUGUCGACGGAUGGGUAAAGCCCGGGACACUGACGGCACUUAUGGGUGUUUCCGGGGCUGGCAAAACCACCUUGUUGGAUGCUUUGGCCUGCCGCAUCACCAUGGGAGUGGUAACCGGUGAUGCCUUUGUGGACGGCAAGCCUCGCACUGCCGAUUUCCAAAGGAAAACUGGAUAUGCCACGCAGCAGGACUUGCACUUGGGCACGGCCACAGUCCGCGAAGCUCUCGAGUUCAGCGCCCUGCUGCGGCAACCAGACAAGUAUUCCAAGCAGGAGAAGCUCGAUUACGUCAACGAGGUUAUCGAGCUCGUGGAUCUUCAGGACUGCGCCAAUGCGGUGAUUGGAGUAUUGGGCGAGGGCCUCAAUGUGGAACAGCGGAAACGUCUAACUAUAGGAAUCGAACUGGCGGCACGCCCGGAAUUGCUUUUGUUUCUUGAUGAACCAACGUCCGGGCUUGACAGCCAGACCUCCUGGGCAAUCUGCAACCUUAUGGAGAAGCUCACCAACAACGGCCAAGCCAUCCUGUGCACAAUCCAUCAGCCUUCAGCAUCUCUGUUUCAGCGUUUCGACCGUCUUUUACUGCUGGCAAGGGGUGGCCGCACUGUUUACUUUGGCGAAGUGGGUCGCAACUCGGCCACUCUGAUCGAUUACCUCCAGCGCAACGGAGCGCCUCCGUUCAAGGACGGCCUCAACCCCGCGGAAUACAUGCUCGACGUCAUUGGGGCGACGGCCAGGUCUAGAUCCAAGGACGUAGACUGGCCCACCAUCUGGAGAAACAGCCCCGAGUACCAAGAGGUCCAAGCAGAGCUCGCGCGCGGCAUCGGGGCGUCGGUGGUAGGGACUGAUCAGGAAAGAGCCGCCGUCGAGAAAACGCCCGAAUUCGCCGCAGGUUUGAGCACUCAGUUCUUCCUCGUAACCAAGCGUGUCUUGCAGCAAUACUGGAGAACGCCGGAAUACAUCAUGUCCAAGACGGUAAUGACGGCCGGAUGCGCUCUGUUUAUUGGCUUGGCACAGGUAAACGCCGAGAUGACAGAGCGUGGCCUGUACAACCAGAUGCUCUUUGUCUACUUUCUCCUUGUCAUCUUUGGUCAAAUCAUCGAGCAGACCACGCCCAUGUUCAUGACCCAGCGGACCCUAUAUGAAGCUCGAGAGAGACACGCAAAGACGUACUCGUGGGUCGCUUUCCUCUGCGGCACGAUGACGGCCGAGAUCAUGUGGAACUCGCUCAUGGCCGUCUUUUCUUUUCUUCUCUUCUACUUCCCGCUGGGUCUCUACCGCAACGCAGAACAUACCGGCGCGGUUCACUCACGCGGCAUCGCCAUGUUCCUCAACAUUUGGGCCUUCUUUGUCUUCUCCACCACGUUUGGGUUCCUGAUCAGUGCUGGCAUCGACACGGCAGAGGUGUCGGGCGGGAUCGUGAACCUCUUCUUCAUCAUGAUGUUCGCCUUUGCUGGCGUCCUCGCCGGGCCCGACGAGCUACCCCGCUUCUGGAUCUUCAUGUACCGCGUGAACCCAUUCACCUACAUCGUCGAGGCCCUCGUCGCGACCUCCCUGGCCGACGCGCCGGUCUCGUGCAUCGACAGCGAGCUGCUGACGUUUGAGGCGCCCUCCGGACAGUCCUGCGACGCGUACCUGGGCCCCUACAUGCGGCAGAACGGCGGAUACCUGGCCGGCGAGAGCAGCGGCAGCUGCAGCUACUGCCCCACGGUCCAAUCCAACUCGUUCCUGACCGCCCACGGCCUCUACUUUGACAACCGGUGGAGGGACUUUGGCCUGGUCUGGGCGUACUGCCUGUUCAACAUCCUCGGGGCCAUCGGCAUGUACUGGCUGCUGCGUGUGCCCAAGGGCAAAAAGGUUAGGGCAUGA